CUGCCUCUUGCAGAGGAACAAAACCACGAGAAAUGAGGGCCCUGAGAAGUGACCAUGUUGUGGGCUGUCAGACAACAGUUUCUGAAUAAAAGGGAUGUAUAAUGGUUGUCUAAUCUCCAGCAUUAACCAGCAAUACCAGCUGCAAUGGAGAGCGCAGAGAGGGGAGAAGGGGAAAUGUUGCACUAUGAGGAAACAGAAGAUGAUAAUGUCAAGUGAGUCCUGUCUCACAAUGUGGCACAGACAGUAUUGGGCCCCCGGAGCGGAGCCGGAGAUGCUCAUCCACAUGGAUCAGGAGGAGGAAGUGCGGAUGUCCCGUCUCCGCUCCUGCGAAGGGAAGAGUGCUCUGAGCGGCACCUCAGGCCUGAGCAGUCUGUGGCUUCAGGAGCUCCUGAACUACACACAUAAUGUCUCAAGAUGUAUCUUCUUGCCUUCUCAAGGUGAAGUUGCGGUUGUGAGCACGAUUGAAGACAAUGCCCAUCAAGGCAUCCCCAGCCCAGUGGAGCCCAAGGGUUUAUGCUCAGGACUGUCAGAGGAGAAGAGUUCCCAGGGUCCUGCACAGAACCCUGUUCUCCCACGCAGGUCAGAGAGGAUUCAAAGAUCCAAGAGCUUCCAGGUGAGCUCCAACCUCAUCCAGCGUUGGAGAAUCCACACCAGAGAAAAGCCCUUCACCUGCACCAGAUGUGGGGAGAGUUUCCAGCACCGGUCACAUCUCAUCCAGCACCAGCAGGUGCACACUGGGGAGAAACCCUAUGAGUGCUCUGAGUGCGGGAAGAGCUUCAGUGAGCGCUCAAACCUGAUCCAGCACCAGGUAACCCACACUGGAGAGAAGCCCUACAAGUGUGCUGAGUGUGGGAAGAGCUUCUUGAAGAAUGCGCAGCUCAUCCUGCACCGUCGGGUGCACACAGGGGAGAAGCCCUACAAGUGCGCUGAGUGCGGCAAGAGCUUCUCCAGGAAAGAACAGCUGAUCAUGCACCAUCCCGUGCACAGUGGGGAGAAACCCUACGAGUGCAGAACCUGCGGGAAGAGGUUCAGCGUGAGCCGCAGUGUUAUUCAGCACCAGUUAACCCACACGAGGGAGAAGGCCUACAAGUGUGCCGAGUGCGGGAAGGCCUUCUCGGACAGCUCUCGGCUCCUCCGGCACCAGCGGGUGCACACCGGGGAGAAACCCUACGAGUGCAUGACCUGUGGGAAGAGCUUCCGUGUGAGCUCAAACCUGAUCCAGCACCAGGUAACCCACACCGGGGAGAAGCCCUACAGGUGUGCUGAGUGCGGGAAUGAGAUUCAGUGUGAGCUCAAGCCUGAUCCAGCACCAGGUUGUCUAAUCUCCAGCAUUAACCAGCAAUACCAGCUGCAAUGGAGAGCACAGAGAGGGGAGAAGGGGAAAUGUUGCACUAUGAGGAAACAGAAGAUGAUAAUGUCAAGUGAGUCCUGUCUCACAAUGUGGCACAGACAGUAUUGGGCCCCCGGAGCGGAGCCGGAGAUGCUCAUCCACAUGGAUCAGGAGGAGGAAGUGCGGAUGUCCCGUCUCCGCUCCUGCGAAGGGAAGAGUGCUCUGAGCGGCACCUCAGGCCUGAGCAGUCUGUGGCUUCAGGAGCUCCUGAACUACACACAUAAUGUCUCAAGAUGUAUCUUCUUGCCUUCUCAAGGUGAAGUUGCGGUUGUGAGCACGAUUGAAGACAAUGCCCAUCAAGGCAUCCCCAGCCCAGUGGAGCCCAAGGGUUUAUGCUCAGGACUGUCAGAGGAGAAGAGUUCCCAGGGUCCUGCACAGAACCCUGUUCUCCCACGCAGGUCAGAGAGGUUUCAAAGAUCCAAGAGCUUCCAGGUGAGCUCCAACCUCAUCCAGCGUCGGAGAAUCCACACCAGAGAAAAGCCCUUCACCUGCACCAGAUGUGGGGAGAGUUUCCAGCACCGGUCACAUCUCAUCCAGCACCAGCAGGUGCACACUGGGGAGAAACCCUAUGAGUGCUCUGAGUGCGGGAAGAGCUUCAGUGAGCGCUCAAAACUGAUCCGGCACCAGGUAACCCACACUGGAGAGAAGCCCUACAAGUGUGCUGAGUGUGGGAAGAGCUUCUUGAAGAACGCACAGCUCAUCCUACACCGUCGGGUGCACACAGGGGAGAGACCCUACGAGUGCAUGACCUGCGGGAAGAGCUUCAGUGUGAGCUCACAUCUGAUCCUACACAAGCGGAUCCACACCGGGGAGAAGCCCUACAAUUGCGCUGAGUGCGGCAAGAGCUUCUCCAGGAAAGAACAGCUGAUCAUGCACCAUCGGGUGCACAGUGGGGAGAAACCCUACGAGUGCAGAACCUGCGGGAAGAGGUUCAGUGUGAGCUCGAAUCUUAUCCGGCACCAGUUAACCCACACUGGAGAGAAGCCCUACAAGUGUGCUGAGUGCGGGAAGACCUUCUUUGACAGCUUUCGGCUCCUCCAGCACCAGCGGGUGCACACCGGGGAGAAACCCUACGAGUGCAUGACCUGUGGGAAGAGCUUCCGUGUGAGCUCGAGUCUGAUCCUACACAAGCGGAUCCACACCGGGGAGAAGCCCUACAAGUGUGCUGAGUGCGGGAAGAGCUUCAGUGAGAGCUCAAAGCUGAUCCUGCACCAGGUAACCCACACUGGGGAGAAGCCCUACAAGUGCGCUGAGUGCGGGAAGAGCUUCAGUGUGAGCUCAAACCUGAUCCAGCACAAGGUAACCCACACCGGGGAGAAGCCCUACAAGUGUGCUGAGUGCGGGAAGAGCUUCUCCAACAGCUAUUGCCUCCUCCAGCACCAGCGGGUGCACACUGGGGAGAAACCCUACAAGUGCAGGAACUGCGGGAAGAGCUUCAGUGUGAGCUCAUCCCUUAAACGACACCAGCAGAUGCACACGAGUUAGAAGCUGUUCAAGUGUGCUGAGUGUGUGUCCUGUGUUCAACAGUAGCACGCAUUUUUUCUCCUUCUUGGUAGCUGGUGCAGUGCUGUGUUUUGACUUUCAGGCUGGGAACAUUGGUGAUAGCACAUACGGUUUUUGUUACUGCUGAGGUGUUGUA